UCGCGCAGACCCCGAGCGUGGCCGCAGCGAAGAUGGCGACUGCCAUGUACUUGGAGCACUAUCUGGACAGCAUUGAGAACCUUCCCUGUGAACUUCAGAGGAACUUCCAGCUGAUGCGAGAGCUAGACCAGAGAACAGAAGAUAAGAAAGCAGAGAUCGACAUCCUGGCUGCAGAGUAUAUUUCCACAGUGAAGACUCUUUCAUCAGCCCAGCGUGUGGAGCACCUCCAGAAGAUCCAGAGCGCCUACAGCAAGUGCAAGGAGUACAGUGAUGACAAGGUGCAGCUGGCCAUGCAGACCUACGAAAUGGUGGAUAAACACAUCCGAAGGCUUGAUGCUGACCUGGCACGUUUUGAGGCUGAUCUGAAGGACAGAAUGGAUGGAAGUGACUUUGAAAGCACUGGACCACGGAGCUUGAAAAAAGGUAGGAGUCAGAAAGAAAAAAGAAGCUCCCGGGGCCGAGGCAGGAGGACAUCAGAAGAGGACACCCCAAAGAAAAAGAAGCAUAAAAGCGGGUCUGAGUUUACUGACAGUAUCCUAUCUGUGCACCCCUCUGAUGUGCUGGACAUGCCUGUGGAUCCGAACGAGCCUACAUACUGCCUGUGCCACCAGGUGUCCUACGGGGAGAUGAUCGGCUGUGACAAUCCGGAUUGUCCCAUUGAGUGGUUUCACUUUGCCUGUGUGGAUCUCACCACAAAGCCCAAAGGAAAGUGGUUUUGUCCACGAUGUGUUCAGGAAAAGAGGAAGAAGAAGUAAAGAAGAGGCUGUGUGCCAGGCCGAAGAGCAAGCUAAUAUAUUUCCUCACUCAUGUUGCAAUAUUAUCUUUCAUUUUAAAACUACCUUAUUUCGACUGAUAUUUAAUAACUCAGUGGCCAGUUGUAAUUUUGGAUAUUUCCUAAAACAAGAAGCCGCUGCACCAUUUGCACAGAACAAUCUCCUAGGGACUUGCCACAGUGACUUUAGGAGCAGGCUCCCCCAUCCCGCAACCUCCCAGCACCGGGAAUGGCCACUAUCAGUGCUGUGUGUCAGUUUGGGCUGUAGGCAAAGUGCAUGGUGCAGGGUGGACACAUUUUAACCUGUUUACUGCCACUGCUUUGUGAUGAGAGGGUCAGCCUUGAGUGUCCACGGUUUCCAGGACUGUCUGUGGCAGCACACCUGUUGCUCUGUGAGUAAAGUAUUAUCAGGCACUGUUCUGUGCUGUGCUCUAACCCUGACUGGAGACCAGGGACUCUUGGCCAAGAUCCCUCUGUUGUGUCUGGAAGGGACGGGGGCACUUCCCAGGUGGAAGUGUUCUCCGUUGUCGUGUGCACCACCUUUUCCUGUGAGCUUCCAGCCCUCCCUGGAGAUUGUGUCUCCAUUAGCCUCGGACUGUCAGUUACCACAGCCAGCACUGCCCAGCGGCGGACAGACAGCCAGGCUGAACUUCCUGCUCUGUUGGGAUUCCCGCCUAUUUUUUUACUGUGAAGAUGAAAUUAUUGUACUAGCAUGAAGGUCAUGGGUCUGUGUGUCUAUGAAGUGAGUCAGUCUGCUGUGAGCUGAUUGUAGAUCUCUGCUGUGUUGCAUCCCACUAGACCAGCAGCUUACGUUCAAGGGACUAUGAUUAUGUGACAUGAUUUGUGAUUCUGUGUGCCCAAUAGCAGUUCUGGAAUGAAGGUAGGAAACUAGAGUGUACUCUUUGUUUAACCACUGUCCACAAAACCAGUGUUGGAACUGUCUUGAAAUAGUUGAGGGGAUAUAUACACAGGGCCUGGUGAGCUGCAUCUGUGGUGGUUCCUUUAGUGUGACAGGAUCCUGAGCUAAUGUUGACUUAGAAUCCUCUGGCAUGUUCUUCAGUAACUCAGGCUCUCAGAGAAGAAUUAAGAGAGCCCAACUGGUUCUUUGCCUUGCCUCAGAAAAAGACCUGCAAGACAGCUGGGUUAUGCAAUUUCUAAUGUAAGGAGGGGCCUGCUUUUUAUAUAGCAACAGGUACAUUGUUUUCUUAUGAUGGUCACAGACAAAGCAGAAGGGAGUUGUCUCCGCCCAUCCCAUGUCAUCAUGGUCAGGUUCCUACUGGACAGCAGUGGCUGUGUUUGUGCUACUGAAUAAGUUGGUCCAUGUUGACCUUUCCUGGACAGUAGGUACCAGGCAAGUUUGCUGCAGUUGAUAGGCAGUUGCCCAAGUUUCUCUCUAGGCUAGGAAGAGCUUUGGGAAUGGGGCUGGCAUUCUUCUUGGGGAACCCUCUCAAUGUCAGAUUAGAUAGACAUAACUUAGCCUUUAAGGGUUGGUUGUGAGGGUAAAUUACAGGAAUUUUUUCCCCUUUUUUUCCCCCUAUAAAAAAGACUAGGUCUCAUGUAUCCUAGGCAGGCUUUGAACUCCAGUGUAGCUGAGAAUAACGUUGAUCUUUUGAUCUUCCUUCUCCUCCCGAAUGCUGAAGUUACAGGUGUGCACCAAUAGGUCUAGCUUUGCAAUGUUAGGGACCAAACCCAGAACUUUUUUUAGUUUGGUUUUUCAAGACCGGCUGGCUCUCUCUGUGUAGCCCUGGUUGUCCUGGUACUCACUCUGUAGACCAGGCUGACCUCAAACUUAGAGAUUCUCCUGCCUCUGCCUUCCAAGUACUGGGACUAGGACUAGAGGCAUGCCCCACUGCUGCCAGCUCCAACCUAGAACUCUGCAUUAGGCAAGCAUUCUGCAGAUUGAGUCACACCCCAGCCUUUUCUUUAUUCUUUUACCAUUUGUUUUCUUUCUUCAGUGCUAGGGGUUAGGCCUCAUGCUUCCUUUUAAUCUUAAAUUUUAGAUUAUUUAUUUAUUUAUUGGGAGGCAGGGCUUUAUUAUGUAAAAGACUAGCUUUGAACUUGCAGUCAUCCUGCUGUAGCUAGGAAAUGUUGGGAUUUCCGAUGUGUGCCCUCAUGUCUGGACCACCUUUUAACAGUUUCUCUAAGUACAGGAAGUUUUUAAUCAAAUCUUGCCUGACGAUGCCUUAGAGACUGGGUCAAUACUAGAGAUUCAGCCUGAGGCAGCUGAGCCCUUUGAUGGUCAGGAAGAAGUGGUGUCUGCUGGUGGAGGUGUCAGAGGCUGGGUCAGCUUCAUCUUCUGGCUCCCUGAGGUCAUGCUGGCUUUUCCCCUGAGUUCUUCUACCUGGGGCCAUCCUACAUAUUGGCUCUGACUUUUAUUUAUUUUGUAAGUUUCUAUGAUUAUCUGCUUUUUCUUUUUGACAGUUAUAAUGUCAUGAAAAUAAGCUGCAUACUGCUUCGAAAAACCAGAAUUCGUGAGUUUGGGGAUUUAACUCAAUGGUGGAAAAACUUGCCUAACAAGUGUGAAGCUCAAUGUGGCGUUAGCUGCAUGUAGGUGAACAAAGCUGCCUUCCAAAAGUGAUGCCCUGGCAACAAAAUGUGUGUGUUGGGGGGGAAGGGGGGUGGCGGAGGGGGGAGCAGAAAGGAAACUCUUUGGGUCAUUGUUAGUACCCUGAUGGAAGGCUUGUUCCCGCUGUUACUAUGUGUGAGCAAGGAGGAAACUCAAGGAAAAGUCCCAGCACCAGUUCUGCCUCAGGUGCUGAGAAGCCGUGUGCACACCACUCAGCCCUGUUCCAGAAGCCCUAGUGUCUCCAUCAUUGGACCAGGCCUCAUUCAUGCCUGCCUGUCGAGAUCUGGCUCUUGAGCUAUCCGAACUUCAUAAAAAGAGUGGGUAGGGUGACCCCCACAGGUCACUUUGGUAGCUGCUUUGCCUGAGCCAAGGCUGAGUCCUCCCUGUGUAGUUCCCCUUGUAAGUACAUGAGUGUUUUGCUGAGAGGAGAGGAGUCAUCUUCCUUUUUUUCUGUGCACAUUAUCAGUAGUUUCUUAGAAAAGAAGCAUGAUGAAUUAAUAAAAAACUGAGCCCCCAGAUCUGUGAACAUGUUAGUGGUAUGAUGGUCCAAGCAGCGCUGACCACUCACCUAUCCAGUAGGUGGGGUCAGAAGGAGACAGGCUACCAGCCAUGUCUUCCACUCUGCAGUGAAGAGCCCUGUGGUGUGAGGGUUUGUGGAUGGCUGGCGAAGUGGGCACCUGCUUGCUCCUGUGUAUAUAGCAUCUUGCCUUCUGUCCCUCACCUGUCCCAAGAAGGCCUUGGCAGGAAUGCUUCAAGCAAUAACAUCAUCUAGACAGCAACUCCUCCCAUGUGGUUGCAGUGCCAAGGUUGGCCCUUAGGGGGCUGGGAGGUUAGGUAGGUCUUCAGGGUUUGAAAUCUAACAGUGAGGAACAUUUGUUUCAGGCUUUGAAACCCUGUUUUCUAUGAACAGAGAUUGGUCUUCGCUGUCUAUGCUGAGAGGAGCUUUAAAGUAGGGGAGGUCUAAGAAAUGUCUUUUCCCUUAGAAUGUGCUGUGGUGUUUGGUCUUCACCACACUCCAUCCAUCAGGAUGAUUCAGCUUUAACAUGAAUGUCACAUUUUAUUUUCAAGGAAUUAUUAUUACCUAUGUCCCUUUGUAAAGGAGAGAUACUAUUGUAAAUCUUUUUAUUAAAUAAUGUAAAGAUGUAUAUCUGUAUUUUUGGAUCAUGGAUUAUGGAUAUAUUGUUUAAUAAAUAAAGUAUUUUUGGG